AUACUCCAAUGGUCGGACGAGAUGACCCGUUUGUUGUUGGACUUGAUAACUUUACAAAAACAAGCUGAGAAUUCCAAAGGCAAAAGUUUGAGUGAGCAGGGAAAACAAAAUAUGUUUCCUAUUACCCUAAAUUGGAACAAAGUUAAGAACAAGCUAGACAAUUUAAAGAAGCAGUAUGAACUCUAUCGUAAAAUCACGUUUGGAGCAAUUGGUCUUGGAUUUAAUCCCAAAACAGGAAGUUUUGAUGCACCAAAGCAUUGGUGGAUAGACAAAAUCAAAGCUUAUCGCGAAGCUUCGAAACUUCGCUCGAAUCCACUACGAUGCAUUCCGCUUCUUCAUGUGGAGUCAUGGCAACCAAGACGUGGUGCACACUCUCGUGCUCCACCAGAAGACUUAAGUGAAAAUGAGAGCCUGAACAACAAUGCAGAUGAAAGAGAAGAUCCAACUCAGAAUGAUUUUCUGCAUCCUGGAGAA